AUGUCUGCUCUUCAGAGAAAGUUAACUGUAGUCGGAGAUGACCGCUGUGGUAAGACAUGCCUCCUCUUUGCUCUGCGUCAUGAACAGCUUCCCAAGUCCUACGAGCCAACCCUAUUUGACACUUACACCACUGACACAGAGGUAGAUGGGAAGGAGAUGAAACUGAUUCUCUUUGAUGUGGCAGGGAAGAAUGAAAUCAGUUACCGAAAUCUCCGCUCAGUGUUCUACGAGGACACUGAUGUUAUUUUAAUGUGCUUCUCCGUGGACCGGCCUGACUCACAGCAAAACAUCCUUGAUUUUUGGGUUCCAGAAAUCAAACUGUUCUGCCCCACAGUACCUAUUAUUCUAGUGGCUACCAAGAUAGAACUGAGGGAUGAUGAAGGUAUUAAGAAGAAACUAACUGCUCCAAGCAAUGAGCCAAUUAACACUGCAGAAGGAAAAGCUUUAGCUGCCAGCAUUGGGGCAUAUGCUUACCUGGAGUGUUCUGCCAAGACAAAAGAAGGUGUUGACACAGCCCUGGAAAUUAUUAGCCAAUGUGCAUUAAAUGAGAAAAGAAGGAGAAAGAGACACUACAGGCACUGCCAAAUUUUGUAA